AUGGUUGAUCACGAACCGCGUCGAGGGGGAGGCUUUAACCGCAAGAGGCGGCACAGAGAAGAUGACGGAGGGGAACGACAAAGGCCACGAAGACGAUAUGAGGAGUCGCUGUCUGCUUCGGUUCGGAGACAGAUGUUGACCAUUGCCGAGUCGCCUGUGCGAAGAGUGGAAGAAGAUGUUGCUAAGAUCGCGAAGACCGUUUGUGAGCAUGCCGACGAUGAGGAGGUGAAAAAUGAUUUUCGGGAAUUGGCUCUGCAGCUGGUCAUGGAACAACCGUUCAAGACUCCCUUCAUCGCCGCGGUUGUUUUGCUGGUGAAUGCCCAAAAACCAGAACUCGCUGAUUCGGUCCUCAAUAAAGCUGGAGAACUGCUUCAGUCACAUGUUGCCGCUGGCGAGUGGCGUGAAGUGAAACUCGUCCUGCGUUUCUUUGCCUGCCUUCAAGGUGUUUUUGAAGGAGAGGGUGUUUUCCCAAUUUUAGAAGAACUCUUCUCUCGUGCUGUCGACCUGCAAACAGCAUCUUCCGAUGACUCUCUCGGCCUUGAGCUUGUGAAAAUAAUCCUUUACACAAUACCAUAUGUUAUGGGAUCUUCAGCAUCGGGAUUUGAGGCUCACGCCACUGCCCUUCUGGAGAAAACAGAUAUCAUUGCGUCAACCCCGCAUAGCUUGGAGGCUCUCGUGGACCCUUUCCCUGCGGAGGACAAGACAGAAGGAGAGAGAUUAAGUGCACUAGGUUUACUCCAAAAACAGCUUCAAGAUGAAGCCCAGAAUUCCUGGGAGCUUGCUUGCCUUCCCCGACCGUGGAAGAUGCCGACCAAAGAGGACGCUGAAGAAGAUCCGCUUAGUACUGCCAGUAAACAUGCAUUCCCGACAAUCACUGUUCCAGACCCAGUUAGAAAUGGACCUCGGGCUAUAUUUCCGGAGAUUUAUCUUUCAGUUUAUUCCGAUCAAGCCGUUGAGACUGUUCCACCAAUCACAAAUAUUGCGUCUUCCUUGAUACGAGACGCGUUGAACGAUACUAUCAACAUUCUGGACUACAAUCGUAUUGCGGCAGCUAGAUUCCUUAUUGAUGUUGACUGCUACUUUACUCCGAAUACGUUCAUCAAACGUGCUACUGCGUUCGACAAGUUACGUGAUGUCCCCGAAGGCAAGGUGACAUGGAAGCCAGAAGACGUUGCCCUCGAUGCAGUGUUUUCUCAAUUUCUGCAGCUGCCAACGCCUGAGCACAAGCAGGUGUACUAUCACUCUGUUUUAACUGAGGCUUGCAAAAUCGCGCCAGCCGCAAUUGCGCCUAGUUUAGGACGAGCAAUUCGAUUUCUGUAUCGCAAUGUAGAAAGAUUGGACUUGGCCCUAGUGUACAGGUUUUUAGACUGGUUCUCUCACCAUCUGAGUAACUUUGGAUUUACGUGGAAGUGGACGGAGUGGGUCGACGAUGUUGACUUGCCAGUUGUACAUCCACGGAAGGCCUUCAUUAUCGGCGCCUUGGAUAAAGAAAUUCGGUUGAGUUUUGCUCAACGGAUUAAGGGAACACUCCCGGAACCAUACCAAGCUCUGAUUUCUGAAAACAAGGAAAAGGAUACUCCUGAUUUUAAAUAUGCGCAAGAGACUACCCCAUACUCAAAAGAAGGGCAAGAGAUCCUACAACUGCUUCGCAAAAAAGCGCCGGAUGAAGACAUCGCACCUGUUAUCGCCUCUAUCGAGGAGCAAGCAAAGGCCCAUGGGCUUGCGGACCCAACGAUUCCGUCAACAGACGCUUUUAUGACAUCUAUUUGCUGCGUCGGCUCCAAAUCUCUUUCACACUUCCUUUCCUCCAUCGAACGAUGCAAAGAACGACUCCUUGGCAUUGGCCCCCGGUCUGCAGCUGCCCGUCGGCAAAUAAUUACGUCCGUGAUGGAAUACUGGGUUGACCAGCCCGGAAACGCAGUGAACAUCAUCGACAAACUCCUCAACUACACCAUACUCACCCCGCUCUCCGUCAUCGAAUGGGCUCUCGUCGACAAUCUCUCCGCCGGCAGCAUCCUUGCCAAACCGCACAUUUACGAAAUGAUUGCUGCCACCAUGGGCAAAGUCACCAACCGCAUUCGCCAGAUCGUCGCCGCCCGCACGCAGCCGGGUCUCGUGGAGCCCCAACUCAGCGUGAUCCAAGAUACGUUGGCUCGUGAGCGAGCAGACGUGCAAGCCAUGUUCCAGCUGAUCGACGACUCGAUCGUGGCAGUGGCGAGCGGGUCGAACGAUGUGAUGAUGGAGCGGGCGGAUGAUAGUGCGUUGGCGCUGGAGAAUGAGCUGAUUCGAGAGUGGGGGAAGCGCUGGUUGAGGGUGUUUAGGCGGAAGGGAGCGGUGGAAGAGGCAUUCAUUAACGAGGCGAUGGUGGGUGCGGUGCCGGUGGGGACGAUGGCGCCGCCGCAGGUGCAGCAGCAAUUGCAGCCGCAACCGCAGCCGAUGCAGGAUGCGAUGGAUCAGGAUGGGGCGAAUGGGCAGAAGAUGGAGUAG